AUGCCUUCUCUAGUCGGACAGGAAGUCGGCCCUAUUGGCUAUGGCACAAUGAGAAUGACCUGGAACCCACAGCUUCCAUCAGAAGAGGUCUGCUUUGAGACACUUAAUACCACUCUGGAACUGGGUGCCAACUUCUGGAAUGCUGGCGAGCUCUACGGCACUCCGGAGUACAACUCCCUGCACCUGCUCAACAAGUACUUCACCAAGUAUCCCGAGAACGCAGAGAAGGUCGUACUCAGUGUCAAGGGUGGCUUGAAGGUGGGCCAGCUUGUGCCCGAUUGCUCCGAAAAGAACAUCCGCCGUAGCGUGGACGAAUGUCUGCGUCUCCUCGAUGGCAAGAAGAAGCUUGACAUUUUCGAAUGCGCACGACAAGACCCCAACGUCCCCGUUGAAGAGACCGUCAAGGUUCUCGCGGAGUACGUUAAGGAGGGCAAGAUUGGAGGAAUUGGAUUGAGCGAGGUUGAUGCCGAGACGAUCCGUCGAGCACACAAGGUGCACCCAAUUGCAGCAGUCGAGGUUGAAGUGUCCUUAUGGUCCACCGAUAUCCUCCAUAACGACGUUGCCAAAACUUGCGCCGAGCUUGAUAUCCCAGUUAUCGCUUACUCUCCACUAGGCCGGGGUGUUCUGACUGGAGCUGUGACUUCGUUGGCUGAUAUUCCCAAAGAUGAUAUUCGACACCACUUGAGCCGGUUCCAGGAAGAGCAUUUCCAACACAAUCUGAAGCUCAUCAACGAGGUUAAUGGCCUUGCUACGAGCAAAGGUGUUGCCCCUGCUCAGAUUGCACUGGCGUGGCUCCGGAGCCUGAGUGAGAAGCCUGGUAUGCCUACUAUUAUUCCCAUUCCUGGUGGUACUACGAAGGAUAAGGUGGUGCAGAAUAUGGGUGCACAGAAACUGACGGGUUCUGAAAUGGCGGAGAUCGAUGCUAUUUUGGAGGAAUAUACGGUUUCUGGGGCGAGAUACUAG